AUGGAGCUGUUCAGGCUUUGCCCUACGCCCCCUCCGGAGCAUUCUGAAGAGGAUAACUCCGCCUCGGCCAUUGAAAUUCCGAUGAAUACACAUGGCUAUGGAUUGUUGGACGAGAAAGCGAAAGAGAUCACCGAUACCGAAAAAAGGAGAGUGGAAGAGCUGAUGCAGCAGUUCACCAAAGGCUUUGACCCCGGUUCCUUUCCCAGAGAGGUCAUGGACAGUCUUCCUUUGCUGUCUGACAACCUUUUCCCCGGAUCGUAUGCUCAUUUAUCAAUCAUUCUGCUCGAGAACUGUGGUAAGAUGCAGGGCAUUCAGGCAAAUUUGGAGAAUUGGAUUCGUGAGCGUUAUAAACGUUGGGCGAUCACUUUCCCCGAUGAUACGAGUAUCACGGACGAGACAUUCUUCGGCGCCGAGUUCGAGAUGCUGAGAAAACUGUUGGCGCCUUUGCGUGGAGAGGAUGCUGCGCGUGUAUACUGGAUGAACUCCAGAUAUCCGCAUAUUGUGAAGGUGUGUCAGCAACUUGAGGCCUCUGUGAAAGUCAUUGAGGAGUUCAAGCAAGACAUCCUGGGAGCAAUCAAGUCAAAAGACGAGCACAAAACCAUUUACAGCCCUCUUCCUGUAUCCCAGGCCCGGGCAGCAAUGAUGAGUAUGAGAGACAUUCGACUCCGCGCGUGCAGGGCUUCCCUGAGCUGGGAUGGCUUUUCAGAGUCCGAUAUCGAGCUUACCGUGUUUCAUCAGUACUACAAAAACCACCUGGCAAGAUCGGACCCAGCGAAAGCGCGCGCAUCUGGGUGGCUGCCACCAUCGUCGCCGAAAACCCCUCGUGCCUCUGCCGAAGAAGCGGAACCGGGGGAUUUGGCUCACUGGCCAUCUGAGGAUUCCAACAAUGUGUCUCUCAACCUGAUGCUCAAAACGGCCCUAUGGUUGAGCGUGGCGAGAGGAUUAGCUGCUGUACAUCUCUUCUGCGAUAUCGCCAGACACUUCACCGUCCACAAACCGUCCGCGAGGGCCAAUGACAGUUACAUUUCCUACUUGCUACAUCUUACUCAGAUCAGAAUCUCGGUAGAUGGGGUUCGAUCACGUCGCUCUACACCUUUCCCCUACCGUGACGAGGCCUUGUCCCGCUGCAACCCGGACUACUUUGGUGAUGUGUGGCGAUCUAACCAGAGUUUGACAGCUGAUCUUGUCGGGAACGUGUCUUUCUACAAAGGGUCUGAUGAGAACUUCAAGCUCGCAGAUGCCCCGCCGCCUCGCCGUUCUUUUCGUAAAGAGAUGCGUACACUCGAACAGACUGUUGCGAUCCAGGGAAGCUUGGCUGGGACUUCGUCUCCGGUGGAUGUUCGCCCAAGGGGGAGGCAUGUCCUUGGAAGUGGGAUGAUAGGCAGGAUUGAGGCUCCUCAGCCAACACACCUUCCAGCCACAGUCCCUGCCCUAACCCGAGCAAUAGAACGAAUCACCUUGGCAGAAGCUCAUGAGCGCCCUCUCAUCAAGCAGGCUACAUCAAUGCACGGCAAGAAGCCUUAG